CGCCGGCGCUGCUGCGGGCUCGGCGCUGGCCUUUGUCUGUCUGCGGGCGCGCGCCGCUGCGGUGAUCAAGAACAGCCCAUGGAAGAAUCAUACGAGGAGGUGUUGAUUCAGGUCACACAGCAGGAGUGGACAUGUUUGGGUUUCCGACAGCUACCCUGCUGGACUGUCACGGACGAUAUGCCCAGAAUGUAGCAUUUUUCACAUAUCGGUGCCUCUUACAUGACUUCCCUCUCAUUUUACCAGAUGUGAUGACAGAAACCCACCACAAAUAUGAGCACUCUGAGGCCACAGGAUCCUCAAGCUGGGAUUUCCAGAAUUCUUUUAGAAGAGAGAGACUGGAACAAAAAUCCCCAGAUUCUAAGACUCUACAGGAAGAGUCACCUGGAGUGAGACAGAGGGUCUAUGAGUGCCAGGAGUGUGGAAAAUCCUUCAGGCAGAAGGGCAGCCUAACCUUACACGAGAGAAUCCACACUGGUCAAAAGCCCUUUGAGUGUACUCAUUGUGGAAAAAGCUUCAGGGCCAAAGGCAAUCUGGUUACACAUCAGCGAAUACACACAGGCGAGAAGCCCUAUCAGUGCAAGGAGUGUGGGAAAAGCUUUAGUCAAAGAGGGAGUCUGGCCGUUCACGAAAGACUCCACACUGGACAGAAACCUUAUGAAUGUGCUAUUUGUCAGAGAAGUUUCAGGAAUCAAAGUAACCUUGCUGUCCAUAGAAGAGUUCACAGUGGCGAGAAGCCCUAUAGGUGUGAUCAGUGUGGAAAAGCCUUCAGUCAGAAGGGAAGCUUAAUUGUUCACAUCAGAGUCCACACAGGCCUCAAGCCCUAUGCCUGUGCACAGUGCAGGAAGAGUUUCCACACCAGGGGGAAUUGUAUCCUACAUGGCAAAAUCCACACAGGGGAGACACCUUAUCUGUGUGGCCAGUGUGGAAAGAGCUUCACUCAGAGAGGGAGCCUGGCUGUGCACCAGCGAAGUUGCUCACAAAGACUCACCCUAUGACCACUCUUCAAAGGAAGUCCCAUGAAUUAAGAAUACAACGUCCUCUGAGAUCAAGCUAUUUCUUUAACUAUGGAAUGCAUGGAGCCGUCAGGAAAACCAGCAUUGGAGAUAACAAACUGAUUUUCCUUUCCCCAAAAUGAAUAUGAAAAAUAAGUGUCCUGUUAAUUAUCAUUAUCAUGUAUAUCACAUAGAUUCUGUUUAUUUUGAACUAAUUUCUCAAGGUGCCUCUAUUAAUCCAGUGGCACUGGGAGAUUGUUCUCUCAUAAGAUCAUUUUUAAAUUUGUAGUUUACAUCAUCAGCCUUUUAAAAAGCAUCAGUUCUUUAUCCACCCCAAGGUUCGUUAUUUCCCUGCAUAUUCAAAUUAAUCUUGUUUUGCAUUCAAGACCAAUGGGAAAAUUUCAUAGCAUGAAUAAUUAUUUUAAUAAUCCUCUUAUUGAACUUUGUCUUGCCUGGAUGAUACUCCCAAUAACUUAGUUUAACAAAUCACUCAUGUCCAGAGCAGAGCCCUGAUCUUUCCUGGCAAAAGAAGAUUGCAGUGCAUCAAAAGUGUGAUAUCUGUACACUGAGAUUUUCUUCAGUCUUCUACUCCUCACAGAGAAUUUGCCAAUAGCCAAAAAGCAUACACCAUCUGUAUGCAAUCUUUUGAGAACUGUAAGCUUCCUAUCAUUGCCUCUAUUUAACUCCUACUUCCUGGGGAAAACAACCUUCACUCCAUUUCUGGCAAUACCAACAAUAACUUGGGGUUGGGGUCACCUAUAAAGUAUGUAUUAUUAUUGGUGGAUCUGAAUUUGUAUUAGUGAAAUCAGUCCUUCAACAAUACUUCCUCUUCCUAUACAAACACAUGAAGAAAGUUGGAAGCACACUAACUUUUUAGUCACUCAAAGGAUGAUAUUUGAAAAAUACUAGAGAACAGAAAUUGGCUUUGAAAGGUAAUUUGUGUUUUUAAGCCUUGGCCAUACAGUUUCAUGUUGAGCAUUUACGUAAUUAAAACAAUGGUGAUAUAACGUGGUUUUCCUGAUAAAAUACUGUAGGUGACGUAAUCCAGAAAAUAUCAUCUAGAAAGGCAAAUUAUCAAAAGUCUGGGCAUUGAAAGCUUUAGAUACUAUGGGUUUGAAUACUAAUACAAAAAGUACUCCAAAGAUACCCUGACAGGAUUUGAAGAUGUGUACAAGAAUGUUUGUAUCUUCAUUUUUAAUAGUUAUCAAUGUACAAUAAUCCAAUGACAAAUAGCAGGUGAUAAAUUGUGUUAAUAUAUAAUGAAAUGUGAUUCAUCAAUAAAAAGUAAAAUGUUAUGUAUGAAAUGAGAUAGAUGAGUCUUAAAGCCUGUUGAAUGAAAGAAUUCCAGUACAUGCACAAAUACGGUAUUUUAUUUAUAUGCCUUCACAGGACAUUAUAAUACGCUAUAAUAGAAAAAGAAAAACUAAACUACCAUACAUAAUAAUAUCUCUCAAGGAAGGUAGGGAUAGACUCGCAAUAGAAAUUGACUUGACUUAAAGGGGCACAGGCCACUUUAUAAAGUGGGAAAAUAUACUUCACCUUCCUUCAGGUAACGAAUGUGUAUGUCACUGUCAGAAUCCACUGAUUACAAUACUUAAAAUCUACAAUAGAACACAACACAGUUAUGAUUUCAGCUUUUUAAGUUCCAAAAUUUUUCUUCUUGUUCCUCUUGGUAUACUUACUCUGAAGAAAAGCAGCAACCAACCAAGGAAAAAAUCUAGCUGAGUCAUAAGUCACAAGCGCUUUAAUAAAACAAGUUGCAGACAGCUUACCUUAUUUUGAUCUGAAAAAGAAAGCAUUAAUUCUUUCACUGUUGUGAUGUGACCUCUAGUUUGUUUUUUGUGUUUUUGUUAUUGUAAUCGUCAUUUAAGAGAUUUGAGUCAGUUCACCUUUCUAGUUGCUUACAGCUUUUAUUAUGAAUGGAUGUCAUUAUGAUGAAUACUUUUUCUGUAUCAGUUGAUAUCAUCAUAAAUUUUUUAUUCCUUAGGAUUUUAUCUUCUUUAAUAUAGGUUAUGUUGACUAAUUCCCAAAGGUUGAAUGAACCUGAAAUUCAUGGGAUAAGCCUCAU